UUCAUGACUCUUUCCUAAAGACACCUCUAAAUAGAAAGAACGUAACCUCUAAACUCUAAAGUGAGAUUAUUGCCUUAAUUAACCAUAGACUUAAGAGAGAAGUUGUAAGUUUGUGUUAGUGGAGUAGAUGGAGAGUUAAGUACGCAACUCAACAUUUUCACUUUCUUUCAGCUAUAAAUAUGUUUAGAAGAGGUAUUACAUUCCACCACAUAGAAAAACUCUUUCACAAUAUUGCAGUUUAUUAUUUUAUCAUCCUUUUUUAUUUGUUUGAAAUCUUUGUGGCAAAAAUGGCAAAUGUUGGAAACACUAACCUGCAUGAUCGUUUUAGAACACUAGUUGGUGACCUGAACUUGGCACAAAAUCAGUUUCAGUUCAAAUGCGCGGAGUUAGUGAGAAAUUAUGAAGAGUCUCAACCGAAGAAGGUGCUGGAGGAAAAGAAAAUAGAUUUGGAAAAGCUCUACGAGAAGCUAAAAGAAGUUAUGAAGAAAAUUGUUGCUUUCGCCGCAAAAAUAGGUUAAUUUUACUUUUCUAAUGAAGAUCUCUUGUACAUAAAUAAUUGAGAUGUUGGUCUGUGUCUAAACUCUGAUGACGAGUGAUAUAUAGACAAGUUAAUUAUUUUACUUUUCUUGAACUAUUUAAGUCCUGUGAGACUUUCUUGUAAAUAAAUAAUUGCUGUCUCUAAACUCUGAUGAGUUAUAUAUAAAAUACAUAUGCAUUUGUUUUUAUC